UCGUCGAGAACAGAGCGUUUUCUUUAUCGAUCGCAAUCGUGAUUUGUUUUGGCCAAACAGCAAUAGUAACAACAUAAAACAAAUGCGGAAACCGAUUUGAAUGUUGAUUUUCGCGUACGAAAGUGAAUUGGAAUAGCACGCCCAAAACGGCGGUUCAUUGAACGCAAAUCACCGCAGAACUUGAGCCAAUAUUUAAACUAAUUUAUUAUAUUUGCCAUGGUGUUGCCGGCCACCUCGACAUUAUGCAACGUAUUUACAUUUCUGCUGGCUGGCUCGCCCAUUUUCUACAGUGCCGCUCCGCGCGGAUCCUGCUCCACUUGCUGUGCGAUUAAGGAGCGUGAGGACAUAAAGUUCAUGCUGUACACCAGCCGGAACCGCAAUUCCGCCCAACUGCUCCACCUGAGCGACGAUGCCCGGCUGGCGCAGAGCAAUUUCAAUUUCAAUUACCCGCUGGCCAUCUAUCUGCACGGCUUCUCGGAAUCGGCCACCGGCGAAAGGCAGAGCAGCCAGGAGCUAAAGGAUGCAUUUCUGAGGCGGGGCAACUACAAUGUCAUCCUCAUCGACUGGAGCGCGAUGACAGCGGUGCCCUGGUACUCGAAUGCCGUCGAGAAUCUGCCGGUGACGGCCCGCUAUUUGGCCAGGUUCCUGCGUUUCCUGGUGGACAAGGGCUAUCCAGCGAAGUACAUCCACUUGAUUGGCUUUAGCCUGGGCGCCGAGGUGGCCGGAUUCGCUGGCAAACAGCUGCAGGAGUGGGGCAUCAAGCUGCCCAGGAUAACGGCCCUCGAUCCGGCCCUGCCCCUUUUCGAGGGCAACAGCUCCAACCGCCGCCUGAGUCCCAGCGAUGCCAGAUUCGUGGACGUCAUCCACACGGACGGAGGACUGCUGGGCAACCCGGCGGCCAUGGGUCAUGCGGACUUCUAUCCGAAUGGGGGACGACCCCUGCAGCCGGGCUGCGCCAAGCAGAAUAUCGCCAAUAACUGGCUGGGAAUAAUUGUCGGCUGCAGUCACCAGCGUGCUUGGGAGUACUUUGUGGAGAGUGUGGCCCAGCCCCGAGGAUUUCCCGCCCAGCGUUGCGAGCCCUCCGAAAUGUUCGGCAUCUGUCGGGAGCCAGGAAACGGGCCCGCCUUCAUGGGCAUGGGGGCGGAUCCCAGGAUUCGUGGCAAAUUCUUUCUGGAUACGAACGAUGCCAAGCCAUUUGGAAGGAGCAGCCGGCCGAAGGCAAUUGUCUCGCUGGCUCCUCGGCUGCCCAUUGCCUACAAAUUGCCACCUAAUGCCACCAGACAGACAUCUGUCAGUCGCUGGGUUUUGGGCCAAAGGGAGCAGGGAGCAGAAGCCGGCGAGGACAACGAGGACGAGGACAACAACGCGCUGAGCAACAACAUUGACAGGUUCUCACUGACGUGAUGGAAUUUACCGAGUUGCGGCGUGGGGUGAUUUACCAUCCCCCACUCCCAAGGGCGUCCUCCGACAUCGGUUGAGAUUUAUGUGGGCAGCUAUAGCUAUUCAGCCCCAUGUUGCACUCGUGGGCAACAGUUCUUGUGAUCUUCCUCUUAAGUAUUUCUAGCACGU